CAACAUCGCCACCAACCACCAUGUCUAGCUUCUUCGACGACAACUCCCCUUCCAAGGAAGCCAAGCCCGGACAGACCUCUCACGGUGCCGCCUCCCCCGACGGCUUUAAGAUUGUCGGUGAGGUUUUCCCUGGUCGGCUGUGCCCGGAGGACAACAAGGACCUCCUGAAACGCUACACCAACGGUCGCCUCUUCGUCGUCUGCCUCGGCAACAUCAAGGACGACCCCUCCACCUGCCAGUUCACCGCGAACUGUUUCGGAAAAGACCGCGUCAAGCCCGGCGAGGAGUCGAAGAUCGCCUGCACCGUCUGCACGGUGCCGGUCGAGCACACCCUCUCGCUCGGCAGGAGCACUGGCCGCACGGAUCCCGUGACGCGAAAACUGAGUGAGUCUUCUACCAGAACGUCCACGUCUACUUUUGACACCUGCUGGGGAAAGAGAGCCUUCGAUCCCAAGACGAACAAGGAAGUGCUGUCUCACUUCACAACCGCCCCCGCUUCCCUCGUCGGGGCCGGGGACAUCCCUAAGGCGACCGCCACCAUCGAAGAAGGUCUCAAGUCCGUGCCGAAGUCGGAUGCUCUCCUUACCCUCAAGGCGGAACUGAAGUACUCGAUGGCGAUGAAAGCCGGCGACGCUUCCUCCUGCGGUGCAAUCCUGGAGCUGUUCGACGCCGCCAUCCGCGCCAAUCCCAGCAGCCCGGUGUUGUACCUCAACAAGGCCUCCUGCCUGCUGCAGGUGAGGGGUUCUCCGGAUGGUGGUGGCGGUAAUGUUCUUCCUUCCCGAUGUUUUGCUUUUGAUCAAUUUUGA